UUGUGUCACAAUCACCUCCGAAAGCCUCACAACUUCAACACUGUCCAUAAAUUGCUUCAUUUUCCUUAAAAAACACCAUGUCAAACACUCUCCAUUCCGCAUGGAUACUAUUACUUUGUACAUGUUGUUUUUAUGUAAACGCACACCCGCCGCCAAACGAGCAGCUCACCCUGUACGACGUUUUAUACAAUGGGACACGAUUAGAGUGGAUCUACCAUCGAAACGGGGUCGGUUACUAUAUGACGCCAGGCAUGCGCGCGGAUGUCAUCGACUCGCCCCGCCAACGGUUUAACGUCACCACGUCACAUGUCCCGACGACGACGACGCGUCCUACCACGACGCCACGCCCAUCGACAACGACGCCAACUGAUUACACCACUCCCGAACCUACGACGGAGUAUACAACCGAGGCAGCGACCGAGAGGACGACCCAAUUUCCUCCGGGGUCAACCUGGUUCCUGACGAACGUGACUGAAUACGCGGCCAUCGUAGAUGACGUAUUGUCAACAAGUAAUGCCAUCGGGUAUUUUCUUAUCGUUCCGGUGGACGAAUCCGAGGACGAGUUCAACAUAAUGGAUGUGAACACCCAAGAAUUCCUUGUAUCUCCGAGAACCCGACCGCCCUUUGAUUUCCUGCUGGAGAGCCAAUAUCCUGCCGAACCACGCGCAAUAUUUUCCCUGGCUCCGUACAAAUUCCAUCUGAAUUCGUCGUACAGUGGCGAUAGAGCCAGCAUUGGAGACACGCUGGACGAAAUUUCUUUAAUACCUGACCAAACCGAGAAAAUCGAAGCCUUUGUUGGGUUAAUUGGUCAAAUGAAUUAUUUCAACCAUAUCUCCGGCGGUGAAGAAAUAUUCCAGGUUGGGCGCUAUAUUCAAACACAAAUUCCAGAGUAUUGGACAACCCAGCCGUUUCGAAUGCUACCACCCGUAACACAAUUAAUUAUUGAGAGUACCAGGUUAAACACAAAUUUGGCCCUGGUUCUCCACCCCUCUGAUACAAGUUCCAUACCCAUCAGUAUUGUAACCGGGUUAGCCACCCCGGGACCUAUUUAUCCUUUCAAUUUAAAAGUGCUCGCCAACUAUCGGUCAAGCUAUCAAGUUUUUUCUGGUCAAAGCACCACCAGAGGAUGGAGAAUUGAUCCCAACGUCGUGUUAUUCAUGUCCACAAACCCGAGCAUUUUUGAGUUUGCUUUUUCUGAAAAUUCGAUUGAAACCAUUCAAAUAAAUCAUGCAGACCUCCCUCUCAAUUAUUUUUUGGACGAGGACGGCAAUUUCAAAUUUUGCUGGAUUUGUGGAACCCCUGCUACUUUCACAAUUACAGAAUACACGGUUAAAUUAGGCGAUAUGUACGAAACCGAAAAUCGCCAAGACAUUCCAGAAAUUUCUGGCAUAAUUGGAAAGUACGGCGGGACAGAGGCUGCGGACCUAUUUGUCCAACUAAUCGAUAAUAUGACCCUUAACAACCAUGUGACCGGUGGCCCAGAAAUAUUUUCGGUUGGGCGCCAUAUUCAAACAUACAUUCCGGACUAUGUGACGGCACAACCCUAUCAAAAAUUACCGGAGAUAACCCGUCUAAUACUUGACGGAUCAUCCGGGUCUUACAUAAACUUUCAAAUAAACCUGAUAACCACGGCUGGCGACACAUUUCCUGUUACUGGCGUUACCGGGAUCACCAAACCGAAACCGAUUUAUCCAUUCAACGUGCAAACUCGGCCACCAGUUUUGGAAAAGUAUACCACAUUUAUUACCCCGCUAACAGAGAGUUCCACCAGGUACUGGACAACCAUAUCGGGAACACUAGCGAUAACUACCAACUGGAUGGAUGCAACUCUGUUUGACUACCAUUUUCCUGCUGAUUCCACACAAUACUUCCAUAUUUCCGCAAACGGCACCAACUUUCUCGAGUAUUUCAACGAUCCUGAUGGGCAUUUCAGAUUUUGUGCUGCAUGCUCCCAAAACGUGGCAAGGUUUUCCAUUACCCGUCACGUUUUAAAUGUGGACGCCAUGUAUGGGCCAGACAAUAGGGAAGACAUCCCCGAAAUUGGGUAUGUCAUCAAUAAAUUUGAAAACGUUAGUACCAACGCUGACACCCAUUUUGUCGAGCUAUUGACCCGAAUGACGGAAUAUGGACAUAUUUCCGGGCGGGAAAUAUUUUCUGUGGGAGCACGUGUCAAAACCUUUAUUGGUGAAGCCAGUCCUUCCUUCUCCCUUCUGCCGGGGAUGGUCCAAUCCGUGCUGAAUUCCAACUUAUCCUGGACAUUUGUCCAGGAUGGGGCCGAAUUCCCGAUGAAGUAUCAUUGGGCGUCGGACCUGCAUGAAAAUAUUCUGAGGUACGAGUUUCGUUGGAGAAGUCCAUCCUUGACGUCAUUUUCUGGCAUUAUGUUCGACAUUUUAUACGGAAUUGGACAAGUUCAACUUCAACAGUUGUUCGUGAAUCCGGUGACGAUGGAACUAAUUCAAAAAUUAUAUCAGGGAACGGCCUUGUACGAGUUUGAGCUAGAGCUUCGGGAAGGUUUAAAUUUGAUUGGGAUUUAUUGGCGGGGGAUUCGACUAGGGACGCGGGAUGAAGUGCCGGAUUUCUAUUUUCAAGCUAGUAAUGAUAAUACUCCGAGUUGGUUUAAGAUUUAUGAUUACGAGAAAUGAUAAUGAUAAUGGACUUCUUGAUAACAAUUUGGAACCAGGCUUACCUACUAUUUGAACAACUGCAUCCCAACAGGAAUAAUGUUUAUGUCGUAGAUUAGGUUAAAAUUAAAUAUACUUACGUACAAAAUAAAAUGCGCAAUUUAAAAAGGA